AUGCGUUUCCAGCUCCUUAUCCUGCUGGCCUCGGCGCUUGCAGUCGCUGCCCAGUCAACCCCAGAAGACUGUGUCUUGCCGUCGGGGUGCGGUCUCGGUCUGACCUCAAACGCCAAAACCUGCGAAGAAAUUAUCAGCCUCAACCAGAUUCCCCUUGAGCUGUUCAAGGAGCUAAACCCUGGAGUCGACUGCGAUCACCUGAAACAAGGGAAAUGCUACUGCGUCGAUACUCUAGAAGGGUGGAAGCCUCCUGGCACCACGCUCGUGGAUUCUACCUCCAUGACCAUGUCGCCUACGGCUCAUAACAUGUCUUCCACACCAGACAACGCGCCCACCUCCAUGCCCACAACAUCGGCAGAGACGUCUUCGAUGGCCACGGCUACACCUACGGAUCAUGGAUCGACCGCCAUGACUACGACGACUGCACCGUCAGCUUCUUCCUCCCAGCCAGCUCCCAACGCCGCUCCCAACCCAGGCUCCCUGGCACAGGCUGCAGCCACGUAUGGCUGGCUUACUAUGUUCGUGGUUAUGAUGGGUUACCAUCUUUGA